AUGACUGAUGUGGUGGUGAUUGGCGCCGGCAUCAGCGGCCUGGUCUGCGCACGCGAGCUUCUGCGGAAGGGCCUGAGCGUCACGAUCCUCGAAGCCUCUGACCGCGUGGGCGGCCGUACCUUCAGCGUCUCCUCCGACAGCGGCUCACGCGUGGACUUGGGUGGGCAGUGGGUGGCAGUUGAGGGCCAGCAGCCCCAUAUCCGGCAGCUGAUGAGGGAGCUGGGGCUGGAGGUGCAUCCACAGCACUACCAGGGCCAAAGAGUGCUGGAUCUGCAGAGUCGGGAGGCACCUCUGCACUACAACUCCGACAUCCCCAGCGGCAUCGGCGUGGGCGGCCUGGUGGCCGUACAAUGCGCCAUCUGGUGGUGCGCCAUACGCGCGCGCUUGAGCGUGGGCCCGGCAGCAAGCUGCGACCGAAACGGCAAGCUCGCCAGGUUCGAUGCUCAGAGUGCUGCGGUGCUGGAGAAGAUGGUGGGCAACUCCGGCAAGGGCGCCACCAAGGGCCUGGUGGCCGCGAUGGUGCGGGGCGUCUUUGGCUGCGAGCCUCAGGAGCUGUCCUGGCUGCACAUGCUGCACUACGCCGCCUGUGCUGGCGGUGUGGAGCGCCUCUUGAAGAUCAAGGGCGGCUUUCAGGAGUUCACCAUCGUGGGGGGCGCCCAACAAGUCUCGGAGCUGCUCGCGAAAGAGGUGACCUCCCUGGGAGGCAACGGUUCGAGCGAAUCGGGAUGUUAA